UCACAUACUGGUACGUGGCCUGCUAUGAUCGCGACUUAUUUACUUUCAUAAGCAUUUUUUUUAUUACUAAUCAAUGGUCCAAUAGAUCGGUGCAUACUGUGAUAGACGGUGCAAUAAAUUCGGCGAAUGAAGAAAUAUUCAAAUGAAGAAGAAUUUAUCAGUCAUCUACCACUACAGUUUGCAUUAACUUUCACCUUUUGCUAACCAAAACAUUCGUCCAACUGAUACAGUCUGUCGAACAGCGAAUACGCACGUACAAAUUACGACUCAUCGCCGCCGGUCAUAGAUUUGUUCCAAAAAUUACACAAUCAUCCUUGUUCGUUACGUGCUAUAUUAUCGGAAUUUCGUGAGUGGCGUUAUAUGAAACCGGCUUCGAUUAGCGAAACAUUGUGAUUUUUAGUUAUCAGCUUACAAGGUGCAUUUGUAGUCAUCAGUUCUUUUCAAGAUGUCUCUAACGAAGCUUCACAGCAGUAUCUUUCAUCCAACGCUACGGAAGCUACAAUGUCAAGAUAUAGACAUUUCGACGCACAAUCUUAUGUAUCCGAUCUUUUUAGUGGAAGACGAUGAGGUCGUUCAGGAAAUUCCGAGCAUGCCUGGCGUAGCCAGGUAUGGUAUCACCACCCUGAAGAAGCACCUAACGCCCUUGGUCGAGAAGGGCCUGGCAUCGAUUCUACUGUUUGGCGUCGUUGAAAAACUCCCAAAAGACGACACAGGAAGCGGGGCUGAUUCGGCGAACAACCCGGUCGUCAGGGCCCUUCCCCAGCUCCGACAAUGGUUCCCUGAUUUGUUAAUCGCGUGCGAUGUCUGCCUUUGUCCGUAUACCAGCCACGGUCACUGCGGAGUCCUCACUGGCGACGGAGUCAUCGACAACGAACCCAGCAUCCAACGGAUUGCGGAAAUCUCGCUGGCCUAUGCCAAGGCGGGGGCCCACAUCGUGGCCCCUUCGGACAUGAUGGAUAACCGCAUUUGGGCGAUUAAGAAAAUUCUGCGGGAAAAUAAAAUGGAGAAUACCGUCUCGGUACUGUCCUACUCGGUUAAGUUUGCGUCCGGGUUUUACGGACCGUUCCGGGAUGCGGCCAAAUCGGCACCGGCCUUCGGUGACCGCAAGUGCUACCAGCUGCCACCCGGUUCGAAGGGGAUUGCCAAGCGAGCGGCGAAACGAGACGUCGAAGAGGGCGCUGACAUGCUGAUGGUCAAACCGGGCAUGGCUUACUUGGACAUUGUCAAGCAGGUUAAAGAUGACUAUCCGGAACUGCCGCUGUUUAUUUAUCAGGUUUCUGGCGAAUACUCGAUGCUGCUGAAUGCUGGCAAAAUCGGUGCUUUCGAUCUACGUACCGUUCUGUGGGAGGUGCUUGUCGGGAUGCGACGUGCUGGAGCAGAUUGCAUCAUUACGUACUUUACGCCCACACUACUCGAUUGGCUGUGAUCCGGCACAACAACACGUUUUAAUUGAUGAUGUUUCAACACUGUCGUUUUGAGUUUGUUUCCGGUAGUUUAGAUGUAGGUGUAGGUUGUGUUCUAAGCGAUUGAUUAUUACGCGGAAAAUUCCCUGAUCGUUUCAAAAUAAAUAUAUGAACGUUUAAAUUAAACAUA